UGAACCAAUUAAUGUCGUGGAAUAAUCCAAUGAAAUGUCUUGGUUCAGCGUCCUUGUGGAUACGUUGCUAAUGUCAGCAUCAUCUCCAUCAUACGCAGAACCAAAACCGGCAAGUUGAAAGUGACAAAACUUUUAGCUUACGAUUUUUUGUGUGACGAAUUUUGCUGUUGAAAUCUGAAAGGACAGUCACCAUGUCUGACAGAAAGGCAGUCAUUAAAAAUGCUGACAUGGCUGAAGACAUGCAACAAGAUGCAGUGGACUGUGCCACACAGGCUCUAGAGAAGUACAACAUUGAAAAGGAUAUUGCUGCAUUUAUCAAGAAAGAGUUCGACAAAAAGUACAACCCAACCUGGCACUGUAUUGUUGGACGUAACUUUGGAAGCUACGUAACACAUGAAACCAAGCAUUUCAUCUACUUCUACCUAGGACAAGUCGCCAUUCUACUCUUCAAAUCAGGCUGAAAAUAUGGAAAUCUGUUGACUUUGAUUCAGAAAAAAAAUCUCCCUAGUGUUUUAUUCUUCAACCGACUUCUACUCAAUAGAUUUUUGUAUGACUACACCAUCUGUUAUGUGUAAAGUUGACAUGUUUACUUUGCUAGCCUAAAAUUUAAGUUCAUAAUAUAUGUGAACAGCAAAACAACAUUUUCUUAGUACCAGUAUUCAAAUUUGAGAGGAUAUAUCCUACACUUAUUAAAUAAUAUUUGUAUCCGAUAAAGUUACUACAAAGAUAUAUGUUGACAUUGACUGCUAUUUGCAUUAUUCAUUGACAGUGAAGGUUAUGAUAUCAUGAUUUCAAUAUUCAGACUCAGCAUUAGGCAUGAAACAAUCAACCUGUUGACCAAAAUGAGUUUUUGUCAAACUUUCUGUGCACAAUGUUUUAUGUACCCAGCAUAUUUUAUUUUAUGAUUGGGCUAGACUGAUGUAUUAAAUAACUGCACAUCCUGAUAUUGUAUUACAGUACAGGGGGUUUGCUUUACCUUGUGCAUUUGGCUUGUAUCAAUUCAAUUGGAAUGUUAGGACAAUUAUGAGUGAAUUUCGUUUUAUGUGAGGUUGGAUGAUGAUUAUGAGUGAAUUUCUUGAAUGUGAGAUAUCAGUUAGUUCUGUGCAGUAUUAAAUACAUGUAGUCUGGCCCUUAGAAGUGAUACAUUUGUGUGCUUUUAUUUUGUAAAGUGUAUUGAUCAAUCGUGCCAACUCGGAUUAAGUUUUUGUUCUCUAUUAAUUAUACUAAUGUGUAAAUUCAUCACUUGUGAUUGUUAUAUUAUUUUAUUUGGUGCUUCAAAAUUGAGUGUAUUUUACCAGGUCUUGAAUACAAGUUAGUUACCAUA